AUGUUUAAUGAAGAGGAAGAAGAGGAAGAAGAAGAGGAAGAGGAAGAUGAAGAGGAGAAUGAAGACGAAGCUUGCAUCGAUGAGGAUGAGGAUGCCGAUGAGGGCGGGGCCGCAGCUAAGGGUAAUCCGGAUGCAGAACAACACUCCACAGACCAAAAACGCAAAGGUGAGAACACGUACCCCAAAGAGAAAGAAAACCAAGGGUUUGCGCACAGUCACUCUCGCAUUGCAUCAGCGUCGUACAAUUGCAUGUUUACAAUGCAAAUGCCGACCGGCUGUGUGCAAACUAAAGAUAGCUUAAAAACGCGAACCUAA